GAGGAGGCGUGUCCAUGGUGCAGUAUAAAGUCCAACGAGAGCCACUCGUGUAGAGCCAUUCUCAAGAGCAGCCCUUUUGCACUGCACACCGGUGGAGGAAAGCUGCUGCUGGACUUGGAAAGAGUUGUGUUUGGAUGCCCUUUCCUCACACCCGGACUCCGGCGCGCCGCGGACCACGGUCUACGUCAGACCUCAUGGGCUCCGGUGAACUCUACUCCAAGGGAGACAGACUCACCUGGAUCGAGCGGCGGACGUCCAUACCGCUUCCCGACGUAUGAAGAGCAACUUUGCGCGCCUCAGAGACGCUCCUCUCAACGGGAGAGAGGGGACGACAUAUUUGAACUUAUUCGAGCGGCCCGGGAAUCCUUCUCGCCCAACCUCGUAAAACAGGGUGUUCUGUUCCCUCUCCUGCCACCCGAAACUCUAACCGGCGGGCAACUUAAAAGACUGUUGCCCCCCUCUCCACUGUUGCCCCGCCCCCCCACCUCGAACUCACGCACCAGAGCAGGGUCCUAAUAGCUGCAAGUGAGCGAACAGAGAAAUAGAAGGGGACACUAGUGAACCGAUUGCUAAAACAAAAGUGUGUGGAACAUUUUACCCCCCCCCCCCACCCCCAAGGGCCGAAAAGGUUUGAAAGCGUUUGAGGCCAUGGCGCGAUGUGGCGGCGCGGCUGCGGCGCCGCCCUGCUGGGGACUCUGGGCGAUGGGCGCCCUUUCCCUGGCGACGCUGUGCCUGACCGACGAGGCCAUCCGCUGCCCCGUGUGCUCAGAGGAGCGACUGGCCAGCUGCCGGCCGCCCGAUGGCGGCUGCGAGGAGACGGUGAGGGAGCCGGGCUGCGGCUGCUGCCCCGCGUGCGCCCUAGCCAAGGGGGCGCACUGUGGCGUCUACUCGCCCCGCUGCGGUACGGGGCUCCGCUGCUACCCACCGCGGAACGUGGAGAGGCCCCUGCACUCGCUCAUGCACGGCCAGGGGUUGUGCACCGACGAAAGGGAGGCGGAGGACAACUCAGCAAUGGAAAAGGAGGAUGAGAUCAUCCCCGAGCACCCCAACAACAGCAACAUCCGCUGCAGUCCUCAGGACAAGCGCUGCAUCCAGAAGACCCUGGCCCGUCACCCCGCCAAAACCAAUCAGAGAAACCAGAACACCAGGGAGGACACCAAGGCUGCCCUGGCUCCGUGUCGUGCCGAGCUGCAGAGAGCGCUGGACAGACUGGGGUCCAACACGCGCACUCACGAGGACCUUUUUAGCAUCCCCAUACCCAACUGUGACAAGAACGGAGAUUUCCACGUCAAGCAGUGCCAGCCAGCGCGUGACGGCCAGCGGGGAAAGUGCUGGUGUGUAGACCCGAAGACAGGCAUGAGGCUGCCGGGGUCCCUGGAGCUGCGGGGGGGACUGGACUGCCAUCAGCUAUUGGCUGCAGCCUUAAGAGUGUGAGGAUGGCACCGGCAAGGCCCCAGGGGGGCCAAGGCUAGGGUCAGCCAAAUUCUACUGGUGCUGUUUUGUAAUAAUUAAGGAAAGGACUUACACCUAAAGUCUCACUUCACCUGAGGCCAACAGUGCUGUUGUGUAUGCAAAAGAUGAAAGGAAACCAUAGAAUUGUAUUAUUUCACUAUUGUUUGUUUUUGUAUGUGUGUGAAUGUGUGUCUUUUUGAGCACUCGUGUGUUUUUUUGAUUGUGUGAAGUUAGGCAGAUGCUCUUGCUUUAAAUAACAUGUGGCAAAUAACAGGCCGCCAAAUAAUAGUGUUGUAAACAUUUUUCUUUAAAAAAGGACAACAUUUUGUUGGUUUCGUUUCGUCACUCUAGUAUAACUAAUUUCCAUGUCCUAGCAUCUGAAACAAAACAAAAAACUUAAUGCAUGAGUUUAGCAUGGUUCACCAUUGACAGUUCGGCAGCCGCUGUGGAAGGGAAUGAACUGGGAGUGAGAGAGACAAAAGAGACAGUGUAAAAGAAAGAAUGAUAGACGUCUUCCUGCUUUGAAUUACCAAUUGAUGAUAAGCUGCAGAUUUUCACAAUAUUUGGAGACAUGAAGUGAAAAGAGAGAGAUUACUUUUGAAAGAGGAAACUGUCCCUCUGUGAAGAGCCCAGGAGUCCCGAAAUAGAUGUGCUUUAUCACCAACCCCCUCCCACCAUCUCUCUUUGCCCC